AUGGAUGGUAGUUGGAUGCCAGGAGCCCUCGCUCUGGUCCUCUUGCUUGCAAGAGGAUGCUACACCAGUAGUGAAGGCUCCUGGUGCUACGAUAAACCAGAAUGUGGUCCCGGGACAUGGCUGACCCAGGAGUACUGCAAUGGCAAGAGGCAGUCGCCCAUCAACAUCCGCUCUGAGAAAGCCAUCCAUAACCGCAGCCUGGGUGCCAUCACGCUCACCGGCUAUGAUGACGGCAAAAAGCUGCAGGAAAUGAUAAAUAGUGGGAAAACAGUUGACAUUGAACUAGAAGAUGGACUCUACUUCACCGGCCAUGGUCUUCCAGCACAGUACGCAGCCAAAUCCUUCCACUUCCACUGGGGAGAUGGUGAUUCCAGGCCAGGAUCAGAGCACUAUAUAGACAACAGACAGUACCCUAUGGAGUUACACAUUGUACAUACCAAAAACAACACGAGUGUAUCAGAUGCUCGGAAGGACCCAGAAGGAAUUGCUGUGCUAGGAUUCUUUCUCGAGGGUUCGGAAAUGGCCUCAGGCAAGACAGCUGAAGCAUGGGAAUCUUUCAUAAAGAACCUCAAGAAAGUGUCUGAAAAGGGCAAACAUACAGAUCUUGACAGCACCUUCUCCCUCCUGGACCUGCUGGGUCCCACAGACUUUGCCCGCUAUUUCCGCUACCCCGGCUCUCUCACCACUCCCCAGUGCAAUGAGGUCGUAAUCUGGACCAUCUUUCCUGACCCCAUCCUGGUGCCACCCAAAGUGGUGGAAGCUUUCCCGUCUGAACUGCGUUAUACGGACUCCUCCAGCGGGCCACGGAUGCAGAACAAUUUCCGCCCCCUGCAACCAAUAGGGAAACGGGAGGUGCAAGCAUCGGCCGCUUUGAAGGCUAAGCGUUCUGCUGCCUCCCUGGUUGCUCCAUCAACACCACUCCUCCCCUUCCUUUUCAUCGCCACCAUCAUCUCCUCAAUGCUCGUAUAAAGGGCAGAAGUGUUGGGAACCACGCAGAGAGGGAAUUGCUGUGAUCUCCCGAGAGGUCAGUACUAGACCACAAUCAGGACUAGGACCUGCCUAGCUCUGCAAAUGUCUGCAGGACCAGGAACACCUUUGCAGGCAGCUGCAGGGAGCAGCUGAGAGGCAAUCACGUGGCGGAGCUGGGGCCCAGGAAACCGUCCUAGAAGGCCUCUCUGCGCUG